UGUCAAAAAUAUUGCAAAUUUUCCCCAUUGUCUUAUCUGUUUUUUUUUUUCUAAAUGAUUAAUGAUUGCAUUUUUAGCAAAUUCUGUGUCAGUGGCAUGCGUCAUACUAUGUCGUGAUUCAGAUAAAUUAAUUUUAUCCUCAAAAAAAUAAUUCUUUCAAAACAAAAAAAAUUUGAUAUGGUGUAAAAAAUAGCGAUUAUGGAGAAUUUAGAAUUAGUCCAGGACAGUGGAGGUUCCUGGAGAUGGAAUUGGACCGAAUUGUGUGGCUAUCAAGGAAGCAUAAGGCCCGUGAAUCCUGAGACUCAUAAUAUUGGAUUAUGUUUUCAACAGUUAUAUUUACAGAUUCCAGUUUUAGUGUUAAUUGCAAUAACAUCAGCGUACUAUUGCGGUCGGCAAAGUUACUCAAUAUCUCGCGACUAUUUCUCCACAAAAUCGAUAAAUUUUCGUUUGAUUUUAAUCAUAUGUUUGGGAAUUCUUCCAAUAAUAAAAGCCUAUAUUAUAUUGUCGAACACAACCCUCACAGUGAAUCUCGAUUUAAAGACAACAAAUUAUUUAAUUGAAACGACGACAGAAAGAGUAACAACAACAACGACUCCAGUUCCAACAUUUUCCAAUUGGAUGAGAAAAAUAGAAGGACAGAUAAAUGAUACUCAGAGUGUGAUAAAUUUAUUUCUUCUACCAAACAGGCAUGGUGGAGGAAUUUUGCCAAAGAAAGUAGAAAAAGAAAUUUUCGAAGAGGAGAAUUUUUCGCAACUAAACGAUAAAGCUACUUCGGCAAAGCCGGUUGAUUAUUUAGUUGCUGGAACUGAAGGUUUGGCAUGGAUUGUACAUUUUUGUUUUACACUCAGUUUGAGAAAGAGUAAUAUGAUUAAUCCUCGUGGUCCAGUUUUUAUGCGAGUGUUAAUUAUUUUAUUACUUGGAAUUUCGGCAUUGUUUCUAAAGCAUCAUAUUGAUCAGAUACCGAGAGAUGAUGUUCUACCGAAUUUGUCACUGGGUUUCAGUAUCACGAACGUUGUGCUAUUGAUUUUGUAUAUUUUCACUUUGAUACCGGAUCGACGAGCUAAUUCACAGAGAAGAUCGUCGAGAUUUGCAGAUACAGGAGAACGUACGUCUUUAAUUAACAGUCCAGGCUCGUCGUACAUUCGAUUUGUAGAGGAAAAUGAUCCAAGUUAUCUUGGAGUUGCUUUGGAGAGUGUUCCGUUCACUUCGAAAUUACUUUUCCACUGGGUCACGCCAUUAAUGUCAAAAGGCGUGAAGGGACUUUUAAAUCAAUCUGACGAUCUCUAUGAUUUGCCUGAUAGCAUUUCUUCGUCGACAAUCAGCAGCGAUAUUGAUAAACACUUGAAAGAAAUUCCAUUGAAGAAGCAGGAGGAUAGUUCAUCUCAAAGUGGACCAAGUGUCGAAUUUACUAGAUCUGCGAGUAAAGUUUCUUUACUUCGUAUUUUACAUUCGAAUUUUGGUUUUCAUUUUUAUGCCAUUGGUUUAUUGAAAUUAAUCGCUGAUUGCGCUGGUUUUGCUGGUCCGCUCAUUUUAAAUAAACUCCUCGGUUUUAUUCAGGAUAAAACCGAACCAAUUCAGCAUGGAUAUUUUUAUGCGUCUAUGAUGUUUCUUAUUACUUUAAUAGGAACAUUUUGCAACGUACAUUUUAAUUUUUGGCUGUCGGUUAUAACACUGAAAAUGCGAAGUGCGAUAAUUACGCUCGUUUAUCGAAAAACUUUGCAUACAUCGGCUUCAGUUUUAAACGAAAAUUUCUCGAGUGGAGAAAUUGUUAAUUUCAUGAGUUUGGACAGCGAUAGAAUAAUGAAUUUUUGUCCCUCCUUUCACGCAUUAUGGAGUGUUCCCAUACAGUUGUCCGUAAUAUUUUAUUUUCUCCACAAUCAAAUUGGAAUUUCGUUCUUAGUUGGAGUCGGAGUAUCAAUAGUAAUGAUUCCCAUAAAUAAAUACAUUGCCAAUAAAAUGGGAACCUUGAGUACGAAAAUGAUGUCCUUUAAGGAUCAACGAGUGAGAAUUAUUGCCGAAACACUCAGGGGAAUUACGACAAUAAAAUUAAACGUUUGGGAAGAGCAUUUUAUGCGAAAUAUAAUGAAAUUGAGAGAUAAAGAGGUGAAAUACCUGUCGGGGAGAAAAUAUUUAGAUGCAUUGUGUGUCUAUUUUUGGGCUGCAACACAAGUUUUUAUUUCUGUAUUCACAUUCAUUACUUAUGUGUUACUUGGCAAUGAAUUAGAUGCAAAGACGGUUUUCACCACAAUGGCAUUGAUGAACAUGUUAAUAACACCAUUAAAUAUGUAUCCUUGGGUUUUCAUUGGACUCACGGAAUCGUGGGUUUCUAUCAAGAGAAUUCAAAGACUCCUCGAUUUACCAGAGUCAGAUAUUUCAAGUUUCUAUUCUGAUCCACCAAUUGGAGUCGAUGUUAUGGUGAAAAAUACAACAUUUUCUACAAAAGGUGAUGCGAAAAAUGAAAAUUCCCCAUCCACUUCUCGUGAUGAGGAGGAAAUUGGAAGACUCGUUAGAUUUGAGGACGAGAAAAAAAUGAGUUUUAAUUUAGCAAAUUUAGAAUUCACUGCGGAAAAGGGGCAACUAAUAGGAAUAAUGGGACGAGUUGGAAGUGGAAAAUCACUUCUUUUAGAUGGAAUUUUAGGUGAAAUUGCGAAACAAGAGGGAAUUGUUGCCGUGAAUAAUUUAGAGAAAGGUUUUGGAUUCGUCAAGCAAAUCCCCUGGAUUCAACGUGGAACAAUUCGCGAAAAUAUUCUUUUUGGAAAACCCUACGAUCACAACAAAUACAAAUCAAUAAUAAGAGCCUGUGCAUUGACUGACGAUUUGAAUACAUUUCCAAAGAAGGAUUUGAGUGGAGUCGGUGAAGCGGGAAUGACAUUAAGUGGAGGGCAAAAAACGCGAAUAACUCUGGCUCGUGCAAUUUAUGCUGACAAGGAUAUUUAUCUAUUGGACGAUAUUCUAUCUACUCUUGAUAUGCGAGUGGCUAAACAUAUAUUCAAUAAUGUUAUUCUUGGACUUUUGAAGAAUAAAACGAGAAUAAUGUGCACCCAUCAGACACAAUAUUUGAUACACGCGGACAAAGUUGUUGAAAUAUCGAAAGGAAAAAUUGUCAAACAGGGAAAACCGAGUGAAAUUCUUGUCGAUUUAGAUGAAUAUCUUCUGUCAACGGAAUCAAUGGAAAUUGAUUUAACUUCUAAUUCUGUGAAGAAAAUUGUUAAGAAAAAUUACAUUGAGGAAAAUGAUGGCGAUAGGGAUUCUUUGCUCGAAGACGAGACACUUGAGAAAGGAACAUUGCAAUUUAGUGUCUAUGAAUCGUAUUUUAAGGCGAUUGGAAAUUAUCUUGUUAUUGCAAUUUUUUUGGCAAUGUUUCUAAUGCAAACGUCGAGGAAUGUUACCGAUUUAUGGCUAUCGUUUUGGGUGACUCAUAAUAAUGAUACGAGUGGAAAUUCGACAAAUUCGAGUAAUCCGGAGCUUAUUCCGGGUUUGGAAUUUUUGACCAACGCACAAAAUACUCAGAAUGUUAAAUAUUAUUUAACAAUUUAUGCCGGUCUUGCUGUAUUAAAUUCCUUCUUUACUUUGAUUCGGGCAUUUUUGUUUGCCUAUGGUGGACUGAAGGCUGCUGUUUAUAUACAAAAACAGUUGCUAAAAGUUGUUGUAAUGGCAAAGUCGACAUUUUUCGAUAUACAACCACAUGGCAGGAUAAUUAAUAGAUUUUCGUCUGAUACUUAUACUAUUGAUGAUACACUUCCAUUUAUGUCGAAUAUUUUAUUUGCACAAUUUUUUGGAUUAUUGGGAAUAGUUGUUGUUACACUCUAUGGAUUACCGUGGAUAUUUUUGGUACUUGCGCCUCUUGUUCCCAUUUACAAUUGGCUUCAAAAUCAUUACAGAUUAACGUCCAGGGAAUUGAAGAGAUUGUCGAGUUCAACACUGUCGCCAUUGUAUGCACAUUUUAACGAAACAUUGCAAGGCUUGAGUACAAUACGCGCCUUCAGAGCAGUCUCACGCUUUAAAUAUGAGAAUGAGCAUUUCUUGGAGAAUAGUCAAAAGGCAAUUUUUGCCUCAACAGCAGCUGGACAGUGGUUGGCAUUGAGAUUACAAUUUAUUGGCGUUGCACUUUUAGGUGGUGUUUGUGUAAUGGCUGUUAUUCAGCAUCAAUACGAUAUUGCCGAUCCUGGAUUAAUUGGUCUUGCCGUAACUUAUAUGCUUUCUGUAUCAUCACUUCUCUCGGGACUUGUUAAUGCAUUCACGGAAACUGAACGCGAAAUGAUUGCCGUCGAGAGGAUUAAUCAAUAUCUCGAUAAUAUUUCAAUGGAAACAAUUGACGGUGAAAAUCCUCCUUAUGCUUGGCCAACUCAAGGAGUUGUUGAAUUUCGAAAUGUUGUUCUCAAAUAUCGGGAACAUUUGAUGCCGUCGUUGAAGGGAGUUUCCUUUGCGACGAGACCGGCGGAAAAAAUUGGAAUUGUCGGUCGAACGGGUGCUGGAAAAAGUUCUAUUUUUUCGUCGCUCUUCAGAUUAGUGGAAAUUGAGACAGGAGAAAUUUUAAUCGACAAUGUUAAUGUUCAAACGAUAAAACUCAACUCCUUAAGAUCGCGCUUGUCGAUUAUUCCGCAGAAUCCAUUCUUAUUCUCUGGAACGGUUAGAGAAAAUAUCGACCCUCUUAAUCAGUAUCCAGAUUCCCAAUUAUUUAGAACUCUGGAAAAAUGUAAACUACAUACUUUGGUCGGUCGUCUAGGAGGUUUGGGUGCUCAAUUGGAGGAAGGUGGGAAAAAUCUCAGCGCUGGACAGAGACAACUUUUUUGUUUAGUUAGAGCUGUUUUGCAUAAUGCCAGGAUAUUAUGCAUUGACGAGGCAACGUCUAACGUCGAUCACGAGACUGAUAAGGCAAUUCAAGCGACGAUAAAAUCUUCCUUUCGAAGUGCAACCGUCAUAACAAUUGCACACAGAAUCAGAACAAUAAUGCACUGUGAUAGAGUCCUGGUGAUGGGCGAUGGAGAGGUGCUAGAAUUUGACGAACCAAAUUUACUCCUUCAGAAUACGACUUCCCAAUUCUACGAUUUGGCUAGUCAGGAAUUUUCUGACAGAGAAUAAA